AUUUCUCUUAGCCAACUCCUUACCUCACCACUCUUCUCUCUCACUCGCGCACUGCAAGGUUAUCGCUCUCUGUACUAAAGGUAUUACCAAUUCGUGCUCUCCGCCAUUCACACCACUGGCCCGUUCACCUGGGUGCAAAGGCUUAGCGUAGCCUUUGCUGGCCUCUCACUGGCUUUGCCGAUUGCCUGAAUCGGGUACCUGCAGCAGAUGGGCGAUAACAGCCUCGACGACGACCACGAUAUGGCUGCCGCCUCCAAGGUCGAAAGCGCGCCUGGCGAGGCAACGCCCAGCUCCAUCGAAUCGACUCCCGAGGCAGAGGCUGGCCCCGAACCACCCCAGGAACCCGCUCAACCCCAGAAGCGCAAAGGUGGUCGCAAGCCCAUAUAUGCCACGUCGGAAGAGCGGAAGCAGCGUAACCGACAAGCUCAAGCUGCAUUUCGCGAACGCCGCACCGAGUACAUCAAGCAGCUCGAAGCAACCAUCAAGGCCAAUGAGGAGAACCUGGGUGGGCUGCAGCAGCAGCAUCGUCAAGCCGCCGAUGAGUGCCUAAUGCUAAGGUACAAGAAUUCCCUGCUGGAGAGGAUUCUCUUAGAGAAAGGCAUCGAUGUUCAGGCCGAACUUCAGAUGAAGACUGGAAGUCCAGUGCUUGGUCCCGGGUUCAUGCAUGGUGCUACGACCUUACCUCAACAGCCUCCGUUGCAGCGCACGACGCUACAGCGAGCGCAAGCCCGGCGCUCUGGGCAGAACUUCUUGCCAAAGCUUGCGCCUGGCCAAGCCAGUGCGGAUAUGGGCUUCUCAACAGCCUCACCUAUGGCUCAUCCGACGCCUUCAUCACACGCUUCCUCGCCAAGUCAGCUAUCUACAAGAUCACCAGCUCUUCAACAAGGUGCCAUGACUUCGCCUGCCUCUGCGGGUCUUGCUCAGCCGCAGGGCCAAACGUUCCAGAACUUUACUCGCUCAUCGCAGCAACCUAAUCAUGCAUUCUAUCAAGCCCAGCAGCAGCCCGCUGCCGCGCAACAUCGACGGCAUAGACCAACCCCAUCGUCAACAUAUCCAAGUAGCGCAAGUGGAAUUUCGAACGUGUCAAAUGGCAGUCAGGCACUGCCACAUCCUGGCAGUUCUGGGGGAAGUGCACCACCUUCCGCGAGUGCCUUUUAUCCAAGUCCAUUUCAAAAGCAUUUUGAGCAGCUUGAUCAGGAGUACGACUCUCACGCAGCGCGCUCCGGGUUCGAGGAACCUGAGGACGACUCGCAUACAAGUGCCAUUCGGUCACCGGAGGAUCUGUCAGGACAGUAUUCCAACCAAUUCGAUCAACAAGCGGCACAGCAGCAUGGCGAAUACUAUCAGUCAGCGCACGCGAUACCUGGACACGCACACAUUGCCAAUCAGUCACAGUACGAGCAGCCCCAAAUGGUGCCACCCACGAGCCACCCGGGGACCGGCGACUACGUUGAUCCAAACGAUCCGAUGCUCGACGCGGAUCCUUUCGGCUUGAGCGCUUCUAUGCAUUAUCCUCAGUCAUAUGCCGGCCCACAAUAUCACGAUCAGCGGUAAUCAUCAACGACUUCUACUUGUCCGGCGUUUAGGAAAAGGUAAUCAAAAUAUAAAGGCACUCAUGAGCAAUUGAAAAGCUCCGCAAUAGCUCUGCGGGCUACGAAUGACACGGAAGGAAAUGACCAAAAGUACAGUUGCAGCAUUGAUUGGAGAGGAAACGCAUAGCGAAGGUGUUUUAAGCCCAUCAUUGUUUGAAGCACUUGAAAGAAUCUGAGUUUUACAGCUACGAACGUUGGAUGUCGCAGGCAACAGUUGGAGCUUCAACUUCCAGGAGACCAAGGAGGGUCAAUUUGCACAUAUUCACUAUGCUCCGAGGUGCGGGGAUGGACAGCCAUUGUUUGAAUCGGUAGAUGUGUAAUAACAUCUAUUAUAUUCCAGAACUGAGCAGCACCUUUUCUGAACUCGGCGUGAAACUUGUGACUCUG